AGUGCUAAGAUCAGGUUUCCAGAGGCUCUUUCCCAGAGGAAGCUGACUUUGUGUCUUCCAUUAUAUUAAGCUUAAUGAAUCAUCACCAAUUUUGUUUUGUCAGUAACUGUAAUAGCCAUUUCUCUUGGUUAGUUUUCUUUUUUAUUAACAAGUGGGGAAUCAUUCAGCAUCAGAAAUUGUCACUGUUUCUAGGUAAUGCUAUUUUUCUUUUUAUUUGUGCAUUUAUUUGGUCAUGUAAAAAAUAUGCUUACAACUAAUCAAAAUGAGCAGUUGCUGGGAAUUAAUGCACGACUCAUCAGCAGAGUGAAUGUAGCAUGCGCUAUGAGAUUGCAGUUUGUUCAUGCUUUAUUUUCUGUCAUUUACACUCUAGUUUCAUUUAUACUAUAAUCCAUUCUGGUUUUACUUCUUCAUAGAUUGGCCAAAAUGGGAAAGGCUGGAUUCUGCUCUCUUCUACGAAGAGUUAAUGGAACUGGCUAAGAUCAAGGUCUGAGGCUUUUUCCAUCCUUAAUCAGUCCCUUUUUGCUUUCUUUUACGACCACAUGAAACUUGAGAAGCCACCUAAAGCUAUAUCACUUAGUGGAGUUGGGCAGUUCCCAGGUGUCCAACAAGAAGGCCUGGUUUAGGCUGCGAUGGCCACUGUCAUUCCUGGUGAUUUGUCAGAAGUAAGAGAUACCCAGAAAGCCCCUUCAGGGAAACGUAAGCGUGGUGAAACCAAACCAAGAAAAAACUUCCCUUGCCAACUGUGUGACAAGGCCUUUAACAGUGUUGAGAAAUUAAAGGUUCACUCCUACUCUCACACAGGAGAGAGGCCCUACGAGUGCACGCAACAAGACUGCACCAAGGCCUUUGUUUCUAAGUACAAAUUACAAAGGCACAUGGCUACUCACUCUCCUGAGAAAACCCACAAGUGUAAUUAUUGUGAGAAAAUGUUUCACCGGAAAGACCAUUUGAAGAAUCACCUGCAUACACACGACCCCAACAAAGAGACCUUUAAAUGCGAAGAGUGUGGCAAGGGUUACAACACCAAGCUUGGCUUCAAGCGACAUCUGGCCUUGCAUGCUGCAACCAGUGGUGACCUCACCUGCAAGGUGUGUCUGCAGACCUUUGAGAGCACAGGUGUGCUCCUGGAGCACCUGAAAUCUCAUGCGGGCAAGUCUUCCGGGGGUGUGAAGGAGAAGAAGCACCAGUGUGAGCACUGUGAGCGCAGGUUCUACACCCGGAAGGACGUCCGGAGACACAUGGUGGUGCACACGGGAAGAAAGGACUUCCUCUGUCAGUACUGUGCACAGAGAUUUGGACGAAAGGAUCACCUCACUCGACAUAUGAAGAAGAGUCACAAUCAAGAGCUUCUGAAGGUCAAAACUGAACCAGUAGAUUUCCUGGACCCAUUUACCUGUAACAUGUCUGUGCCUAUAAAGGACGAACUCCUACCGGUGAUGUCCUUACCUUCCAGUGAACUCUUGUCAAAGCCAUUCACAAACACGUUGCAGUUAAACCUCUACAACACUCCAUUUCAGUCCAUGCAGAGCUCUGGGUCUGCUCACCAAAUGAUCACAACUUUACCUUUGGGAAUGACAUGCCCCAUAGAUAUGGAUGCGGUCCACCCCUCUCACCAUCUUGCUUUCAAAUGCCCAUUCAGUUCUACCUCAUAUGCAAUCUCUAUUCCUGAAAAAGAACAGCCAUUAAAGGGGGAAAUUGAGAGUUAUCUGAUGGAAUUACAAGGUGGUGCCCCCUCUUCCUCCCAGGAUUCUCAAGCAUCAUCGUCUAAGUUAGGGUUAGAGCCUCAGAGUGGGUCCCUAGAUGAUGGUGCGGGUGACCUCUCCCUGUCAAAGAGCUCUAUUUCUAUCAGUGACCCCCUCAACACACCAGCAUUGGAUUUCUCUCAGUUGUUCAAUUUCAUACCAUUAAAUGGUCCUCCUUAUAAUCCCCUUUCCGUGGGGAGCCUUGGGAUGAGCUAUUCCCAAGAUGAAGCACAUUCUUCUGUUUCUCAGCUGCCCACACAAACCCAGGAUCUCCAGGAUCCUGCCAACACUGUGGGUCUCGGUUCUCUGCACUCACUCUCAGCGGCUUUCACCAGCAGCCUGAGCACAAGUACCACCCUACCCCGUUUCCACCAGGCAUUUCAGUAGGCUCUGGGCCACCGGUUUGCUAGGGAGGUGCGUGUGUAGCCCCGCCUUCCAUGACCAUUCUUAUCUUAGUGCCUACUUUAAGACAAUACAAAAACUUAUGCUUUUGUAUAAUACCAGGUUUCAUGGAGCCAGUAAAUAAUAGGAACGCUUUGAAACCAUUCAUUUUUAUUUACAUUUGCUGUUUCUCCUGAUUUACUGCCAGUUGUCAUAGUCUCAGAGAUUUCUUUCAUAUAGGAGCGCCAUUAUUAUCACUAAAUUCUGCAAGUCCUGUGUUCAGAUUACUAUUAGACCUUAAAAUUUUCAUUUUUUGUCUAAUAGCAAUGAACUGUGGACAUUUGGCUCAUUUUUUUUUCAAAUAUGCAGUACAAUGUAAAUCUUAUGAACUGUGUGUGAAUAACUGAAGUGUUUUACAUUUUUUUUACUAGCCACUAAAUGGAUUCAUAAUCAAGUGUUUUAAAUUAAUUAAGAAUCCAGUUUGGGGAGAUUAUAGUGGUUUCUUAAAUAUAUCAUCAUUUCAGAUCAAUAUAUUGAGAAGACUGCUAUUGUCUAACUAAAGCAUUAUGAGCAUAUGAUAAAAAGAGAGAGAGAGCUUCAGUAUCUGUAUCUAGAAGAAACCUAGAGUGGUCACAGGGCGUGCUGUGUUAGCACUGACCCUUAGGUUGUUUGGCCACAUUUCGACCAUCUUUACUUUAUGGUAACAGUGUGUGGUAUCAGUCUUCAGGAUCAGUGUAGAAAUGUUCUGUUUUACAUCCUUUACCUUUUGUACCCAGUGUGGCUUCAGUAUAUCAGCUUCUUAUGUUGCAUGUUGGCCCAUAGCUAGU